AGUUAACUGAGCAAGCAGCCAUCACCACGUGUACAAAAUUAUCCUGUCGAAAUGCUUGACGUCUAUACCUCUCAUCAAUCCAACACUUGAUUAUGUUCUCAAGGACGUCGCUCUCCUCGGCUGUCCAAGACUUCGAGAGAAUUCAGUUGUAAUUCAGCUCUUGACUCUAAACCAUGUUCAGAAGCUGUUACUCCAUUCUUCUAAUUUUUUUAACCGGUGUGCUAUCACACGAUAGCCUAACCAAGUGGCAAUGUACUCCACUCAGUGAUGAUUUCAAGUGCAGAUUGUCAUCGACGACACCCUACCGAUACAUUGCAAAUUAUGAUGACUCGGAAAUAAAAUUUAAAGAUUGUAAAGCCAAAAAAAUCUGGCUGAUGAUACGCCAUGGGACGAGAAACCCAGGGAACUCGGUGAUCAAGUCUCUGGGUGAACUGGUGAGAAUCAAGGAGGGCGUGAUAAAACAAUGUGAUUCCGGGAAUUGUGGGCUGACAAAGAAACAAUUGAAGAGACUGCGAGACUGGAAAACUGAUCUCAAGGAUGGAGACGAAAUGAGAUUAACUGAGGAAGGUGAAAAUGAGAUGAUUGGACUGGGGGAGAGAUUUCAGGAGAGGUUUCCUGAGUUGAUGCCUGAGAAGUAUGACAAUAAAACGUUCAAGUUUAAAUUCACUCAGAAGCAGAGAACGGAGGAGAGCGCCAAAUGCUUUACCAUUGGAUUAUUCGGUAAGAAGGGAAGUGAAAAUGUCUGGUAUCCACCGUCGGAAGAGAAGGAUCCUAUAUUGAGAUUUUACAAAGCGUGUGACCGAUGGCAGCGAACCGUAAAAAAGAGUCUCAAACCCUACGAAGAGCUGAAGAAAUUCAAAGAAUCAGAUAUUGCCCUGAAGAUGGUGGAGAGAAUCUCUAAUCGUCUAGGAACUAACGUCUCCUUUGAUAACGCUCGAGUGAUGAAGGAUAUGUGUGCCUUCGAGACCGCCUGGAGCGAGAAAAAUAAAUCUCCCUGGUGUGAUUUAUUAACGAAAGAGGAAUUCAAAAUAAUAGAAUUCUCUCAAGAUUUAAAGUAUUACUGGAUCGACGGUUAUGGAUUUUCCCUCAGCCGUAAACAGGCUUGCACGGCAUUCAAGGAUAUGUUCGAAUUUAUGGCGCGUGAUGAUAGUCUAAUGACAAAUGCCUACUUCACCCACUCCGGAACAGUAUUGAAGAUCCUUGCGCUUCUUGGUGUAGCCCAGGAUGACAAACCGCUGAGGCAUGAUCAAUUUCCCGCUGAUGAUAGAUUAUGGAAGACCUCCUCCAUCGAUGCCUUUGCCACAAAUAUAGCAUUUGUUUUAUUCAACUGCAAAUCAACUGGGAAAGGUAUUCUAGUGAUGCAUCAAGAACGAAUAAUCAAUCUCCCUGGGUGUCCCGAGAAUGUUCCCUGUCCAUUAACAACGAUGAAAGAUAAAUAUCCGGAUAACGAUGACGAAUGUCCGUUUGAAGAGAUGUGCAAAAUUUAAAUUUUAAAAAUAAAAAAUUGAUAGUUCUUUGUUGUGAAUCUCAACAACUGGAGAGAUAAUUAUCAUUCAGAAAAGUAAAUUUGAUUUUCGUCUGCUUCAUUAAAAAUGAAUCGACGAUUUACUUAACAUAAUUGAACUUCGCGUGUACACAUAUCCUAUAGUUGGAUGAUUUGAUUACUCUAAAAUGAAUGCUCAAUUAAAUAUUUUAAAUAGAGAAAUAAAGAGUACAUAAAAACUGA